ACGUAUGUUUUCCAUCGUACACCGCUUCGAACCGUGAAUUCGUGUUUCGUUUUCGUUCUACCCGCUGUUUCGCUUGCAAUAGCUGUGCAGAGUGGCACAAACUUCCAUCGAAUUUCGGUGCAAUAGUCGCCGUUCCGCUGUGUCUGUGAUAAUCGUGUGAACUGUAAACCGGUGGGAAUAGCAAAUCUCUUUAUUCUUUAUUGCGUUUGUGUUAUCUUUUUCACCUUUCCUUCAAAGCAUCCUUCCAUCCCGGCGUUAAACGGCGUCCCCCUCCCCAUCCACACUUGCUAUUCGUUUCUUGUGCAAUCCCGGUCAUUCAAUCGGCCAAUCGGGUUUAAUUUAAUUAGGCUUCGCGUUUAAUUUGGUCAAAACAAUAAAAAAAAAGAAAAACCCAUCAACCCCGGCCGCAUAAUGGCUGCCGACUGGGCGGUUGUUGGCAAACAGAAGAAAUCCCGUAAACAGACGGGAGGAGACAAAAAAACGCAAUCCCAGAAUGGAUCCGAGAGUGCUCCAAAAAUAGAAGACAUGGUUGACAUGGAUGAAAUCUGCUCCCUGUACAGCGAUGUGAAGGACGAUGUGUUUGCGAAAUUUAACGGUUUGAAGGACGCCAACACCGGUGCGAAGGCCGACCCGAAAAAGACGCUCGCACCCGUUAAUGGCAAGCGGACGGCGACACCUGUACGCGAUCAGGCGCUACAGCAGGGCGGUGGUGGUGGUGGUGGUGGUAGUAACAAAAACAAUCAGCAACGGGAACCGGAAUCGGGCGCGGCUCCGGCCAAGCAAACGUACAGGAACUUGGAUGCGGCCUUACGUGCGAUCAGUGCGCCGGAUCUGCACUCCCAGCUUGCGGCCGUGAACGUAAGCUUCAAGGACAAUCAUCUGAUGCUGCUAAAGGCACUGACUGGAAUACUGAACGACAAACUGCGGGUGGACGAUGCGGCCGCCGACCCACUGUACAGCAACAAACCGACCACCUACCCGUACAAAACGAUGCCCACCGCGCUGCGCACGGUGAUUGAUGAGUGUAUUGGGAAGGCGAAUGAGGAGAAUGUGAAAUAUUUCUACGACCUGACGCUGUCUAAUUUGGCCAGCGAUCUGAACAAGGGUUUGCCCCAUCUCGGACACAAGGUGAUACUGCAGGCGAUCGCGAUGCACUAUCCGUCGGCCUGUGUAAAUAAUCUCGCUCGCAAUGCGAUACUGCGAAAUUCGUACCAAAACCGGCACAACAUUGGACUGAGCCUGCUGUGGGCCUUGGGUCAGGGUGGGUACAACGAUCUGGACGUUGGGCUGAAGGUGUGGCAGGACAUCAUGGUGCCGGUGAUGGAGCUGAAAAACUAUAACCGUUUCACGAGCGAUUACGUCGUGCGUAUCCUUCGACUGCAUCGUGCACAUAGACUCACGCUGGGUGGCAGCGAGUUCCUCACGAUCCUCAGCUCGCUGACAACGCAACCCAAAGCGUGCCGCGAACUGGAUGAGGCAGCUCAACUGCUGGUGGAACGGUACGUGUUCAGCGCACCGAAGGCAUCGGCCACCUUCACGAUGCUGUUCAAGAACAUCUCCUUCAUCACGCGGCCGGAGAUGAUUUACUACGGACUGGCACUGUGCCUGUUGGAAGAUCCUGAAUCGGCAGCCGUCUGGUUAGGGUUGUACCGGAACAAUGUGGAAACUUCGCUCGCCAUACUGAGCUAUCUGAAUACUUCAUCGCAGAAAAACUGCGGCAAACUAUUAGGUGAGGACCACUUCAUUCGGUUUUUGUCGGACGUGGAAAAACUGAACGAAGAACUUCAGCAGUCAAAGAAGAAAAUCGAAGGCCUGGAAUCGGUUACUAGUAUACUAAAGGAAGUGCAGGGCAAAUCGAAGAAGAAGCAAUCGUCAAAGGUGAACAGCAAAUCUUCUUCCUCGGUCACUUCCGUCCUCUGCAGCUUCCUGCUGGCCACAUUCCUGCUGUUCGGCGUGACUGGCGCGCUCAUAGGCUAUGACACGUACCGGGCCGGCGGCAAGUUCGAGGCUUCGUUCACCGGGCAGACGCUGAAGCAGGCCGGACUGCUGCCGGCGGUACAGGAUGCGUGGACCUGCACGAUGAAGUACAGUGCCCGCGGCUACAAGUGGGCCGAAACGAACGUACCGGUGUACUAUCAAGCCACCAGCAAGGCCCUUGGACCAUACGUAGAAUUUUCGAUAGAUUUUGGCAAAGUUCUCUGGAAUGGUACGAAGAAGGGCUUCGCCAACAUGAAGCUGCUAGCUGAGCAGAAGCUUCCAGUGGUGGCCGAUUUCAUUGAACAGUACGCACCGGGACUGCCGAAGAAGAUCGGUGAUGCAUCAUGCUCGUUCUGUGACACCGUGAGCACGUUUGCGUCCAAUGCGUACAAGCACACGUUCGAGUUCUUCAAGACACAGGUGUUUGUUGGGAAACUUUCCAUGGAAAGCUUGGGAAAAGCCUUCAACAGUACCCAACAGGCUGCUGCUCAGUACUAUAGUUGGUUCAACGAUCAGGUUGACUUCUAUGCCAAGCUAAAGUAGAACGGUGAGCAUCUUUCCCACCGUUAGCAGCAGCUGGUGCAGCAGCAGCAGCAGUAAUCACCACAACAGCAACAACGUCAACAACACUGUCUCGUAAUAAACAUCCUUCUUCGAUCUUCGGUGGAACCGGGCGAAGAUGAAAUGGCUCUCUAUUUCAUCAACGUCCGGGGAUAGGCUAGUUUGAACUCGAUUGGUCUGCGAUCGAUCGGCGAUUCAGCUUGCGCUCUCUACCUUACUAUCAUCAUUCGAUCCGAUGUAUGCAGAAGAACAGUGGGAGGAAGAAAAGCGCGGUGCAUUACGGUUUAAGAUAAAAAAACAAAUGAGAAUGUGAAGCAGGCCAGCACGCAUGGCACGCGGACGGUCGAAGCAUUAGGAAAAUGAAAAGUGUGUAAUUGUUUCUAGCAAUAAGAGAAAAUUGAGGGUGAGUCAGAGACCGAGGGAGUAAGCGAUUGUGUACGUAAAAGAUUCAAAGCAAAAGCCGGUAGCGCAGCCUACCACAGAUGUAGGGUUGCACAGACACACUGGAUACAAAGUCACAUGAACCAGGGAGGAUCAGCUGUACGUCACAAAAGGGAAACGCAUUGUGAUCGUGUUUGGGAGUAUCUAGUAGGCGCAACAUCCUUUACCUACCUUUGAUAUCCGCAGGGUCGGAGCAUGAGGAAAUUCCUUUCCACACACGCGAAAGGGAAAACGCGUCAAUCUUUUGCUAGAAUGGAGGUGUUUUUUCUCUUAUGCCUGUUAUGUACCCAGUGUGUAUGUGUGUGUGCUCUUGUUUAUGGUAAGCUCAUUUAGUGAAGUGUGUCACACAGUCCUGUCCCGUUGCAUAUUAUAUUGUGCGUUUGUUUAGUGUUAAAAACAGUACUGACCAUUGGAACACAGAAAGGAAAAAGGAACUAUUUGCAUAGGAUGAGAGGAGUCACACACUUCGGGCGGGAAUCGAGUUAGAUGUGAUGCAUGGAAAUGACAUCGAAAAGGACAGAACAUGAUCAUCGUUAGUCAUCAUCGUCAUCAUCGUGGAGAACAUAGCGAUAGAUACCGCGUUUGUGUGUGUGAGUGAGAGGGAGAGAGAGAGGAAGAAAAAGAGCGAGCGAGAGCCAUAUAAAGGAUGAUAAUAAACUGAAACAACAUCGUGUUUAGUGUGGCUUACGAGAACAAAAACUAGAGCCUAGAGCGUUGCAGCCGGAAUAAAAGAGAUUCUUCAGUCAGGUGGCAGAUGUAUCUUGUGUGUAAAGUGCAGCAAGGGUGGGACACACUCCCCCUUUCGAUGGUCAAAAUAGACAGACUUUUUUUACAAUUAUA